AUGCUUGCAUGCAUGCAUGAAGCCUCACCUACUGAGCGCGUUAUCACACGAAACAACGACACCCUACCGAAUCCAUUCACCGCGCACGUCACCGAGCCGAAAAUGCGUCUUGAAUAUCGGCGAAUAUCCAAUGACCAGCACGAGCAGUUCCGCAAGUGUGUCACGAUGAAAUACCGCCAUCGUUUUAAAGGUCGAAGUGUUGGCCGUCGCAUUGCGAAAGGGAAAAGUAGUGAAAGUAAUCCAUCAAUAACUCGACAUCGUGAGGCUGCAAGAGCAACUCGUAUCACCCAGAAUGUGUCGUUCAUACCGGCAGAUGAAAGUUAUGAUGUCAAAUUCAACGAUGAGAACGUGGUGUUAGAGCAGAUACCCUUGCAUAAAAUGCAAAUUGACGAUGCUGAUGAAAUUAAAAGUACCAGAAGUAACUUUUCGGACCUAUCAUCAGCAAAAUCACAACUUUCACAGUUCACGUCUUGUACAAAUCCAACUUUCAAUCCUGUGCAUCGUAUCUGGAGAUCAGGAUCAGUACUGCAAAAUGAAGUACUCGCCGUGCUUGCAGCAACUGCAGAACUGAUUAAAGAUAAUAAUGGAACAGAAAGUAAUGCUGAGUAUUUUGCCGCACUUCUGACAGUUAUCGAAGCAAUGGCUGCUAUAGAUGAAUCAAAAUUAGCUGCGGCUGCUUAUUUGUUAGGUCUUGUCGCCAAAAAAGUCGACAAAAGUGUGUCACGCAAAUGCUUUUCUAGAGCACAUAAGAUUCUGGAAAAUAAGCUUGAUAGCACUCAGCUGGAUGUUGCUCUGGCGAAACUGAUUGUUACAUUAGGAACGAUUUUGCAUCAGCAACCUGCCAGUGUUUGGCAGAGCAGUAGUACCAGGUUAUCACUAGUGAAAAUUGAAAUAUUUGCGAUCCAUGAUAAAUCUUUGGUUCGCACCGCAGCUCGACGAACACUGCGUACCAUUCUCAGCGAUCCUAUUAUGAUUACAUCUAAUGGUUACCAUCGGGGCGCCAGUGUAGUUGGCAAAGUGUUAAUCAAACAAGUAGAACAAAGUGCUGCCAGUGUAGAUGUUGAUUUAUUACUUCGGUUGUUAUGUCUGGCAGAAAAUAUUAUGCAUAAAAUGCCACCUCUAAUAUUCAAAAAGUUUGCGGAGGCGACAUUUGCAUUACUGUAUAUUUCGGAUUCUGGUCUAAAAUGCGCAGUUUUACAAUGUUUUCAAAAAAUUCUACGGCAGCAGCCGGCUGAUACAACUUUACCUUUCAAUACUAAUGUUCUUCUGAUUGAUUUGUUGCGUGAUUUCGCAUCAAGAACUAUGGAUCCAUCUGUUUUAUGUUCCUGGAUGGAGGCUCUAAGUGAAUCGCAUCUUUGUCUCGCUAUGAAAGAUGUUACAAAAUCAAUGGCAACGCUAAGAGCUUCGUUGAAACCGAUUUUCCAAACAUUCGAUUUGGGAAUAGAUUCUAUUGCCUUGAUAACUUGCAAAAUAAUUGGUCGCAUAAUUGAACACUGUGUGCAAUCAAAUAAGGAAUUGGCAAGUUACUCUGUUGAUCUAUGUGAUGAAGCUUUGAAUCCACGAAGUGCUGCAGUGUGGCAAUAUGUUCUUCGCGCUGAAACAAAAAUAUUCGAAAUUUGCAAAGAUGCUAUCAGCCAAGAAUCGUUUGCGCGUGCAUUGAAAACUCUAGCGGCAUUGCGUAAUGAUAUUAAUCGCUACAUUAUACCUGAUAUUGACUUGGCUAUUGGAGCAGCAGUCCGACAUAUUGGGGCUGAGAACGUCUUGCGGGUGUUGCCAUUAGAACUGGAUCCUCAAAAUUUGUCAUUGGCAAUCCAGUUCGAAAGAUCUUGGCUUUUGUCUAUCUUACGCGCAAAUAUUUGCAACCAAUCAAUUGCUUUAGCAUUACGGUACUUUCUGCCGUUAGCACACCAACUUCGAAAAGAAGCGCCAAUCGAUGCUAUAGGACAGAAAACUUUUAUUACCAUCAGUAACCAAUUAUGGGAUUUAUUACCGAGUGUAUUGAGCUCAGCAACUGAUUUCGAACAAAAUUUUCCCUAUCUAGCGGAAAUUUUGGGUAAAGUUUUACUUGAACAACGGGAUUUGCGUUUGAUAGUAUUAUCUUCGCUUCGUAGUGCACUCCGCUACGCACUCCAGCCGGAUGCGACAGAGGCAAGAAAGGAUACAAUGCGGUUUUUUGCAUACAGUUUUUUGCGAAAGUUAUUUACUUUGUACACUGUAUCCAAUAUUACUAUGGAAUCUAUGCAAGGCAUAACUGGAAAUAGUCUAAAAACUCUGCGAUGUUCAGUUCUGGAAACUGUUCGCAUGUAUGUGGACUUAACUGCAAAUAAUGUGGUUGAUGAUUUCAUAAAUUUAGCUGUUAAAAAAGCACAAAUCAAGGAAAUGGAUUUGGAUCAAAAAAUCCGGGUUUUGGAUCUUAUGGCAGUACUUGUGAAGAAAGCAAAUGUAUCGGGAUUAAACAAUAUAUUUUCGACUGUACACGCAUGGUUUACAAGUAGUGAAAUAGUACUUCAGAAGAAGGCAUUCCGCAUUUUGGAAGAAAUUAUGAAACGAAUAAAUGAUGAAGCUGUGACCAAUUUUUUUGCUUUGUGCGCCGAUGAAAUAAAUAAUGUGCUUGAUCAGGAUCUGGAUAGUAUUGCGAAGAGUGCACGAGCCGCAUUGAUCUCUGUAUAUUAUGUUAAAUUGUCUUCACUAACUUCAUUUGAACAUGCAGAAAUUUUUGGGGAAAAGUUUCUACCAAGAAUUAUUGUCUGUCUCGACAAAUCACACAAUAUUCGAACACGUUCAAAUGCAUUGAAAUGCUUCUUGAAAGUGUGUCAGCAACUAAUAUUUUUAGGUUCAGAUGAGAGAAAGAGUCCAUCCAGUGUACUUCAUCCAGUAUUGAAUAUAAUUUUUGGUAUGUUAAAUCCAGAACGAUUAUGUCCAAAUGAAGACUUGUUUGAAAUCGUGCGAUCAUCAACCAUUGCUCUGAAUGUCAUAGCACAGAAAUUCACUCGUAUUUUGGAUACUUCACUGUUGAGUCGUCUUAUAUCGCAUGCAUGCAGCUGGAUUGGUGAUGAACGCCCCGUGAUAAGAGUGCUAAUUAUCAGAUUAUUACGAAUGCUAGCAAAGAAGUUACCAGAUUAUACAAUGCGACAAUACCAGGAAUUGCUACUUUCGGCUGUUUUCGACGGUCAGUUGACAGCGGAUGUUACACAAAAAUCGACAGAUAUGGUGCUGAGACGCCGCCGUCAACGUCGAAGUGGAGCCGAGGUGCCGAAUACGGAUAUCAAUGAAAGGCGAAAUCAUGAUAUGAUAUCCGUGGCAACAAGUGCUCGAACUGCGAAUGCAGAUACAGUACUAAAUAUGUUUUAUGAUAUUGACAGUGAAAAUGAAGUAGAAAUGGAUCGUGAGUCAAUUGGAGGUCGAACACGAGGCAGUUCAAUUUGGUUAAAGAACGAUGAUGAUGAAGAUAUGAUGGAUCUGCUCGAUCGAAACAAAAUACUGAAAAAGAUUGCAACAACUCGAUUACAGGAACCGAAUGAUAAUGGUAAUGACAAGUGUAAUAGUGAUUUCAAAGUAGCGAAAGAUGGACGACUAAUAAUUGAAAAUCUGGAUACAAGUCAACAAGACAAAAGGAAACGGAAGCAACUUGAAGAAUUAUUAGAUAUGCCGGACAAGAAGAUAAAAGCGGACAGUGAUUCGAACAGUGACAGUGAUCGUGACUACGACAACAAUAGCAAAAUCAUAAAUAAGAAGAAAUCUGGUUGGAAACAUGGUGGGAAAAGCAUUCACAGGAAUGUUUGUAAAAAUGCCACUGGCACUACUUCUGACAAUGAAUUUUCAAAAAGACGAGCUACUGGAGAUGUCAGAAAAAAGAGUGAAAAAUAUGAGCCGUACCUAUAUAUACCAAUCAGUAAACGUAGAAGAGGAAAGAAUGAACUGAAGAUGUUAAUAAAAGGGACAAAGAAAGGAACUGCAGUUGCUUCAAAGGUAAAGAAAAUGCGUUGUUGA